GAAACGAUUUGGUUGCUUCAACGGGUUAAAAAAGUAAACUUGGAUAAUUUUAAAAAUGCCUGUGUGAAUAAAAAAAAAAAUUGGAUAUAAAAAAAAAAACAAAGUUAAAUGAAACAGAUUUUCUACAAAGUGCUUAGAUGAAAUCAAAUUGAAUCAUGAUUUAACGAAUCAUUUGUGUAUAAAGAUGAUAAUUUAAAUAAAAAAAUUUUUAAAAUUCAUAAAUUGAAUUUUAGUGAUGUUGCGCUGAAACCGAUUUGCCUGUAUCGUGAAAAAUUUGUUUAAUAAUAUUCAGAACUACAAAAAUAUUCUAAAGCUAAUAUGAAAUAUAGAAAGUAAAAUCAGUGCUGCGAAAGAAAACAAAAAAAUUUCAAUAAAAAUUAAUUAAAUUUUAGGAAGCAUAAUGCUUAAAGUGAUACUGAUUUAAAACAUACGGUAAUAAUUUUAUCACUAAAAUUAGCAUUGAAGUUUUAAAAAAUUGUGUGCUUAAUGUAUAGUAAGCAAGCUCGAUUUCAUUCGCAGUCCUACAAAACAUGUAUGCAAAUAAUUGUAGCCUCUUCGUUUGCCUUAAAAAUGUGUCCAAUUUUACUUGUGUAUUUUGAUGUAAACUAAAAAAGCAAUUUUAUGAGGCAACUACAAGUUUCCGACAAAUUUUAUGAGAAACGCAUUCGGAGGGCAAAUUUGUCAGCCUUUUAGAAAAAUAUUUUGAAAUUCAUACAUACUUUAGUUCCCGUCGAAAUGCAAAUAAACUGAUCUCUGUAUAAAAGCAAAGUAAACCAAACGGCAAUUAAAAUGACGAACAAACAGAACAAAAGUGAAGCACAUAAAGAAAAAAAGAAAAUAAUAGUAUGAAAAAUGCAUUAAAAUAUCAAAAGUGAUGAAAAAGCUAAAAUAUUUACCUUCGACUGAAAUGUUUACCUUUAGUGUAUGUGAAUGCUAAACAAGCGAGCAAUAAAUAAUAAAAUAAACUAUAAAAGCAAGCAAAAGGGAAUGAUGCAAAACAAAACGGCACAAUAAGCUCGACAACACAAAUAAGAAAAUCGAAGAAAAAUUAAAAUUCAAACAAAUAACUCAAACAGAACAAAAAACAGUGCAAAAAACAAACUAAAAACCGAUUUCUGCAGCAAUAAAGAAUAUUUGCCUAGAAAUGAACAUUUCGACAAAGCGAAUUUAUUGAAAAUAUAUAAAAUUCUACAAAAAUUAGCAAUUGAGAGUGAAUAAAGUGGCAACACAAUAAUAAAGCAUAAUUACCACAAAUCGAAUGAAAUCAACUAAUUCAGAAAUGUAAAGUUGCACAAAUCAAAAGUGAUUGAAAAUUAUUACACAAAAAAGAAGAAAAGAGCAACGUAAUAUCGGCGGCAAAUAUCCAAAAAAUAUAAAAUGUGAAAUGUGAAUUGAAAAAGCUGAAAAUUUUGCCGAAACAAAGCACACGCAGUGGCGUAUAUCCAUUUAAAUAACAAAUACAUAAAUAAAUACAUAUCUGCUACACACACCCACACACCAGCGCUUGUACGCCAUGGCGUAUGAGUAAUUGAAUAUUUCAAAUUCAGUGAAAAAGCGGCGUGACGGACACGCGAGCUUUUGACAAAUGUAACUCAUUGCUGUCGCAAUUUCAUUGUUUAUUUAUAAAUUUAAGCGAUGCGCAUUUCUGCGACCAGACAGUCAGUUUGACAAUCAAGCAGACAGACAUUUGUCGGAGGCUGUGACUAGCGCGUUGUAAUUGGCGCACGAGUUGGCAAUGUAAAGGCGAAAAAAGUUGUUUGCUAAACACGCCAGCAAUGGACGCUAAAUUGGAUUCGCGUCAAGGACAAUUUCCGGCUUCCUUUCCGGACACAUUCAAGGAUUUCUUUGCCGUUAUGAGCGAAGACGAAGAUCAUCUCGAUUUGUUCUCGAAUUUGUUGGAAGAUAAGGUGAUACCGCAUCACAACAAUGCCAGCCACAGCACGGCGCCCAACAGCAACCGAUUCAUGCAGCGUCGACACGGCGGUAGCCUCCGUUGUCCCACACACCCGCAAAGUGCCAGCGGCGAGGGCGCACACCACUCAGUCGGCCGCUCGAGCUCGUUUCGCGUGCAUCGACCGCGCAACCCAGCGGCCACAUAUGGUAGUGGCGGUGGCGUUAGCGGCGGCAUAAGUAGCAGUAGCAGCAUUAUCACAUUGAAUAGCAUCGGACAGAGUGGCGGUCAUAGCAUCGGCAGUGGACACAGCACUGGCAGUGGCAGCAGUGUUGGCGGCAGCAGCAGUGCCAAUGGCAAUGGCAAUUUAUUUUGCAAGCACAUCAAAUACUGCUGCCUGCAUCAGCAACAUCCACAACUGCCCAACAUAGCUGGCGCCACGCCGCCGCACCACCACCAUCACCCCCUCCAGCAGCAGCAGCAGCAGGUACAGCCACAACAACAACAGCCAACACAACCGAAAUCACCGCAUAAACACCGUUUGGCCCAGCAAUCAGCACAAAUGCAAACAAAAUCCGCAGUAACUGUGCCGACGGCUGCAACAGCUGGUCACUACCUACAACAACACGUGCAUCAAUAUCAGCCUACAGGCGCGGCGUAUGCGUCGGAUUACAGCAAUGAGAUUAGCGGUAGUGUGCGCAUGGGACCCGACGGCGAGGACAACAGCGGUGGUGACGGCAGCAAGGAUCGACAACAGCAUUUGUAUGCUGGGCAACACAUGCAUCAGCAACAGCAACAGCAGCAGCAUCACCAUCAGCAACAACAACAGCGUGCGGCGGCUUUGCAAAAACGGCAUUCGGUGAUAUUGGAAAGAGCAUUCGAUUUUGAUGCUAGCUGUGAGGAAAGUGAUACCAUAAGCAGUACCUCCUCGACACCCACACCGGCUGAAUUGCCCACGUUGCCGCCGCAGCCACCGCCAAGCACCACUACCACUGUGCUGAAGCCAAUCCUAAAGAAACCCUCAACAGCUGCGCCACAGUACCAACAAAUGCACACACAACAGCAACAACAUUUGCAGCAUCAUCCAAGCCAGCAUCAACAGCAAAUGCAACUAAAUACAUUAAAGUCUACAGGGCCAGCACCGGCGAACAACGCCACCGCCCAAACAAACGUCUGUUGCAAAGAGCAAAUGCUGCCACAUCGCGCGCUCCCUCAGCCACCGAAAGGACGCGGCUACGGCGCAUACCACACCAAAGAGGCCGUACUGCAGCGUGUGCAACAACAGAGCGGCCUACUUUCCGGCAGUCGCACAAAUCUCAACACGCUAAGUGGCAUGUUAGGAUCAGCGAUAAAUCUCGCCGGCAUCGGAGGCGGCCUCUGUGCGAACGCUAACUCGGGCAUUGGCAAUAAUGCGGCGACGGCGGCUGGUGCGCCCAUCGAGAUGUCGUGCGGAGGUGUUGUGGGCGAUUGUGUUGGCAACAAUAUGGGCGGUGAGUUGCGCUACAGCAACAGUAAUUACAACUUUGAUGCGAUUACAGUAAAACCAGCAGGCCCGGCUGACGUGGGCGCCGAGCUUCAAAUGGCUUUGGUGGGUGGUACGUCAGCUUGUUGUGCCGCGGCCAAUACGGCGGCGCCGCCCACCACCAUCGCCAACACCAACACAGGCAACACUGCCGCUAAUGUAACCAAUAACUUGUUGUACAUGGACCUGCAUACGGCACAUCCGGCACACCCGAAAAGUUCGACGUCAGUGAAUAAAUUCAGCGAUCUAUUAAAUGCUGCCAGCGCAAGUUUUGUCAACGCCGUCGCAGCGCCGGCUAUUAGCGCAAACGCCAACAACAGCAACAGCAAUCAUAACGGUGCCAUAGCUGCAGCGGUCGCAUUGGGCAACACUGGACGCAGCAGUGCCAGCACCAAGCGGGUGCAAAAAUCACCAUUACUCACCAGACGCCGUUCCUCAUCAAUCGUCACAAAUCUAUUGGCUUCCGAUGUUAGUUAUAAUCGCGGUGAAGGUACAACUCUAGCAGAUAUUACAAAUUUGAGAAAUCAUCAUGCAACAACAACGGAUGGCAACACAAUAAAUCUAACGCACAGCGGAACACGUGACCGCAUCACGUUGGCAAAAUCACCAGUGAGCGGCAAACCGACACGCCUGCCCUCACUGCACUCCAUGGGCAUCGACAGUGGCGGAAGUGGUAGCGGCAGCGGCAGUGGCAGUGGCAGUGGCAGCAGUGCCGGUGUGCUCACCUUUCAACAAGCCAUGUCUGGCGCGGUCUCACCACAGUACUCUUCGGCCACACCGCUACUGUUUGGUGGCGGCGGCGGUGGCGCAGGCAUUGGUGGCAGUAUAGCCACAAAUAUGGAUUUGCUAUGUGGCUCAUCGUCGGCACUCGCUUCGGUGUUGGAGGAUACGGCAACAAGUGCUGGUGAAAUGGUCAGUGACAUACUGCAGACUGGUGACUCGCCAACCAUGCUGAACCAUCAGCAUAACAACGCCGGUAACGGCAAUGGCAAUGGCAACAAUAACAAGAAUAACGGCUUGAAUGAUAGCCACUAUGAACUAGAUGUAAUCGAAAGCGGCAUUGGAAGCGUGGGCGCGGUCGUCAAUGUGGGCACAAGCGGUGUGCAACGUGCCGCCUCCAAUAUAUUGCACAGCAGUUCAGCGACCAUUGCACAGCUGCAGGGCAGUCGGCAGCGUCAACGGAUGCGCACCUCGAGUAUGCCAGCUGAAAGUAGAAAGCCACGUCUCGCCGAUACGCGACGUGCAGCAAUACAUUGUGCCGACCUCGAUUUGGAAUAUUAUCGCCUGCGGAGCUUCAGCAUCACGUCGCAUGGUGUAUGCAAUUUGGGUGAUUCCCUGCGAAGCCGCCGAUCACGUUCAAUAAACUCGGUUACGUCGACGGGCACUUCCAACAGCGGCAAGGACCACCGGAACAACAGCAAUGCUUCACAUAUAUCCGGUGAGAAUAUUUUCGAGUCUACCGAGAAACAGGAUGCAGGCAAAGCGCCGAUACCCGCCUAUAAAAUUGCAAUGCUUGGCGCUUCUGGUGUUGGCAAAACGACAUUAACCUAUCAAUUCACAACAUCCGAUUAUAUUUGUGCCUACGACUUGAGUUUGGACGACGAUUACGGUCAGAAAACAGUAUCUGUGCUUGUUGAUGGCAUCGAAACGGACUUGGAAAUUAUCGAUCAUCCUGCCUGUGAAAUGUCGACGGAAGCCUUUUGUUCGACCUACAACAUCGAUUUAUUUGUGGUUGUAUACUCGGUCGUAGAUCGCAAUUCCUUCAAGGCGGCCGAGAAGGUUUUACAGUAUUUGAAGGAACACGAAAUGUUGCUGACACGUGGCGCUAUUUUAGUCGGCAAUAAAACGGAUUUGGAGCGACAUCGUGAGGUUAAUCGGCAAGCUGGGCGUAAAUUGGCUAAGGAGAUUUGCUGUAAAUUUAUUGAAACCUCCUCUGGACUCGAUCACAACGUUAACGAGCUACUGGUCGGCAUUGUCGCGCAGUCCAAACUGAAUCCACAGCGUAUACGUAACCUCAACGAGCGCGAUCGUCAACGUCUCAGCCUGCAGAGUGCAAUACAAAAGCAUCGGCACAUGCAUAUAGCGCCACGACGUAUGGUGCGACAGGUAUCCAUGUAUCACGCUGACGAUGAUGCCGAUGAUGCAGCCGAUAAUGAAAACAACGGCGGAAGCCGAGCUGGCGUUAGCACCAAUAACGCUGACAACAUAGAUGAAAACCAAACGGCCGCAGAUGAAGGCAUCGGUACCGGCAGCGAACGCACCGUCAGCACCAGCCUCUCUUCAACCGGAAUGGGCAUCAAACUGGCAACCACGAAAAACUAUGUACAACGCACGAAUAAGCGUACGCUCAAUCUGGAAAGCAUACUCAAGAUGGGUGAAAGCGAGUUAGAAGAUGAAGAAGAAGCGAUACAACGUCAACCGGCACUUACAAAGCAACAACAACAAACGCGUCCAUUAAGCAAAUUCGAUAUGCUCCUAGCUGGAGGUAAGAAUAGCUUAAACGCAUCACCAAAGAAUCGUCGAUUUUACGGCAGUGGCGCGGUGAGUGGUGCCAUCGGCGCAUUUACGGGCGGCAGACGCUGUGUUAGCGAUGGCUCAACGAGUGACAAUUACACGGAGAGCAAUGAUCAGCUAUUGGACGAAGGUAAUCGGAAGACAGUGUCCAAGUUAACGAAUCGCACGAAAGUGUUUCUCUCAUCGGUGCUGAAGUUCAAGAAGGCGGUGAAUAUGCGGCGCAGAAACUCUUCGAGUUGUAGUGAUCUAUUCGUUAUAUAAGAGUAAAGGAAAUAAGGUAGGACAAAGAAUGACUGUUGAACAAAUAGUGCUUCGAUGAUAUUUGUUUAAUUUAUAUUAAAAUAUUCAGUGACCGGUUAUAUGAUUUUGUAUGUAUUAAAUUCACACAAAAAUGGUUUUCUUAUUGCUGCAAGUCAUUGAGAUAUUUAAGGGUAUUAUAUGAUUUUUUAUUUAACCAAGUUAUAAACAUAAAUACAUCACG